CUCUCACGCAUGGGUUGACAUCGGGGCGACUUGCUAUACAAAUAGCUUCUGUCUUUUGUAGUGUGGAGUAUAAAGAGGGAAGUUAAAUUGCUCAACAGCUUAGAGGUGACAGGAGGGGCUUAGAGACAGACCCAGACUACACGUGACAACGUGAGGACCGAAGAUGAGGACUGACUGAGGAUAGACGUUUCCCAUCUACAAGUUAAAAAUUAAAAGAAAAAAGAAAGCAGUAAAUUUUGUCUCCACUACUAAAUCAAAAGCAAACGCCCAGCCCACUCAUUUCCAUAUCUAAAGGACAGCUUCCUCCCAAGCAACCCAGUGUGUUGUACUUUAUUCAGAGCCUCGCUUUCAUGAGUUGACAGAAGCUUGGCAGGAAACAAAAUGGCAGCACUUCCUUUCUUUGCGCUUGUGAAUGUUUUGUGCUGGGGAAUAGGUCAGGGCGGCUUCGACUGCCAUCGACCCGGAAGUGAAUGUCAGAACGGCGGCAGGUGUCAAGCAGACGGCCACUGCGUUUGCGUGAAUUCCUGGGGUCUCAACUGCAUGUAUUCAUCGUCAGAUUAUGCAGAAGGGGACGUCAGCUGCCGUGCAGAGUUGGGGUGCAUGUCGAAGACAUGCUUGACUGCACAGAGCGGCCAGCCAGCGGUGUGCGUGUGUGAGGAUGGCAGGACAGGGCCCCGGUGUGAGCAGGACAGAUUUCAGUUCAAAUGCUUUGUGGACCGCAUCGCCUAUAACAUCGUACCGUACGGCAAUUUUGUCGGCUAUAUUUAUCGCCUGAGUCUCGGCAACUACAACAAUCCUCAGUGCCGGAAGGACCUGGUCACAAACGAAUCCCAACGACUUGGAUCCGUCGUGGGGAGGCUAUGGAGGCUGGGAGUAUUUUCGUAAACAAGGGGGAUCCUGUCCAGCAGAUAUGACCAUGACUGACGAGGAUAAACUUAUGUCUCAACGAGUGUACUUCAUCGUACAAUAUUCACCCGAGGGUCUGAGAGACUAUGAUGAAAUUGUGGAGUUCAAGUGCGACUAUCCUCCCGUCCAGUUUCGCGAGUUCACAGCUGACCUCGAGACUCAGCGCCUCGACCCUAGUUUGUUGCCUCAUGGGACUUGGACGGACACGUCGGAGAACUUCGUGUACAAGCUUCUGGACGAAGAGAUGAGGCCACUUCCUUCAGAGUCAGUGGUAAACGUUGGGGACAUACUCUUCUUCCAAAUCAGCCUAACCGAAACAUCAGGUCUGGCAGACAUGAUUGUCAAACGUUGCACGCUGCUUGAUUCACACAGUCGUGAAGAGGCCAAGUAUUUCACGGAUCUGCUGGAUCAGUCUGGGUGUGUGCUGCCUCCUCUUGGCAUGUCCAUCAACAAUCAAGGCAAAUCUGUGACUCUUGGCUUCAGAGUCAUUCGAUAUACCUUCUCACCUGUCCUCUAUAUUAACUGUCAGGUAUCCGGCUGUGUGCCUACGACGCUGAACGAUGUCGACAGAGCUGUGGGUCUCCGAGACAAAAGAGGAUGGCAAGCGAGAACACCCAUCCAAAUAAUCAGUCUUACCACAUCACUUCAUAUAUUCGAGUGCGGGAGCGCGAUCAGGAAGCACAGCAAGACAUUAUCACACGGACGAGUGAUUUUGACCUUUGUACGGAAACAGCAGAGUUCAGGAUCAUUCUAGCUAUCACCUUGGUGACGCUGACAUCGCUGACAACUGCACUAUGUGUGUGCAUGGUCAAGAAAGUUUGCUCCUCAAAGAAAGCAUUUCUGUGAUUACAGUCGAAUGCAGGAACCCAGUGACACCAAGAUAAUUUCUUCUUGAAAAUCCCAAUAAAAUAGUUGAAAUGCAUAUUAUUUUUUUAGUAUUAUAUAAUGACCUUGUUGGUGUUUAAUUAUCAAUAUUUAAUUUUGAUUUACCAGGUUAAGCGUAAGUCCCGAGACGAUAUUUGUAUAUGAUUGAAGCCACUGAGCUUAAAUAAACAUAUGACGCAC